AUGUUUUGUGAGAUACCUGUAUUCGGAAGAUGCUGUUUUUGCAUGCCCCUGAGAAGGGGUAUAUUGACUUUUGGAUAUCUUAACAUAUUGUUCGCAGCAUUCAUGGUCGGUGUGUACAGCUACUCCGUUCACCAUAGCUACUACAUGACCAUGGUGUUCCAUGGUGUAGCCAGUGAUAUAGACAGCGAACUGGGUGUUGCUAUAUACUGUGCUGAUAUCAUCUUCAGCGUCGUGUUGCUUUACGGAGCCCAUAGACAAAUCAUUAUCUACCUCAAAGUGUUCUACUAUUACACUCUUUGCACCCUCUUCGCUACGGUCCUACUGGAGGUCAUAGCCUGCACCCAAAGAUAUUUCUACUUGGAACUGGAACUAUUGCCAUUGUUCUUCGCUGGAUUAGCUAUACACGUCUACCUCAUAUUCCUGGUGAGGAGUCUCCUGAAGAAGCUGGAAAUCUCCGGGCACACGUACGAAAACCAACUCCAUCAGAUAGUCAAUGGGGAAACUGUUAAGGAAGCAAGCACGGUGUAUCCGAGCACCGUGGUGCCCGUGGAAAAUGCGUAACUACUUUAAAACAAGAUAUUGUUAUGACAAUGCGAGUAGUGGAGCUAGUGAGGUCAUUAUCGCGUGCAUCUAACGAGUGACAUUAGUGUUCCAAAUCGGUGGCCUAAUAUUAUAUUAUAGGUAUGAACAGUGAGCUUAUAAAUACAAAAGUGGUAGUUCUUUUCAAACAACUGUCAAAAACACCGAUAGUAACAUAUGAAAUCAAUGGGUACGACAGUGAGUUCGGUGGGUGUUUGAAGUGAUCAUUCGCAUGGAGUCGUAGAUAUUUUAACACACGAUAUAUUUUAUUACAGCUACGUGGAAAAAGUAUAAUAGCGAAAUCUUAUUCGUCUAAAAUUACAGCGUCUUGAAAACCCUCUUGUACCCGUUUUCACUAACGACGAUCAAGGCAAUGAGACAAGCCUAAUCUAAGGAGAUUUCUAGGCGUACAUUUACCAAUAGUUAUCACUAAAUUAUUAUCCGAUUGAGGGUAUGCACGAUGACUAAGGUUUAGUGGAAACGCGCUAAGUAUAAUUUACCACCUCAAGGUGUAAAAACCGGGUAUAGAAAAAUAUUAACCUGGACAACUUAAUUGACUACUAAUUAACUAUUUUAUACAUUUUUACUUAAAGACGUAGUAAUUCGAUUUGAAAUAAUAUGAUGUAUGGGAGUUCGCCAUUGUUCUUUACUGCCCGCUAAAUUUAAAUUUAAUGAAAUGUGCCAAUCAACCAUACGACGGCCGACUGGCGCAGUGUGCAGCGACCCUGCUUUCUGAGUCUAUGGCCGUGGAUUCGAUUCCCACAACUGGAACAUGUUUUUGUGAUAAACAUGAAUGUUUUCAAGUGUCUGGGUGUUUAUCUGUAUAUAAUAACUAUUUAGGUAUAUCAUUCACAAAAUAUUAUCAGUCAUCUUAGUACCCAUAACACAAGCUACAUCAACAACCUAUAAAAGGCCCACUACAAGGCACGGGUCUCAUCGAAGUUUGAGAAGGCGGAUUAGUGGACUUCAAACGCCUUUGAGAACACCAUGGACAACUCUAAGAUAUCGUGUAGAAACCAGUAGAAAGAUGUAAGCCUGCCACACCAGGUUAGAUUGCAGUCAAGGGCUAACUUGUGUUGGAAUAAAAAAAGGAAAUAUUUGAUUGGUUUUUUAUCGUGUAUGCUCUCUAUAAAUAUAACAUUAAUCUUAUAUCUUUAAACGAGCAUUUCUUGUAUAUAAUUGGAAUCUUGCAAUCGGCUUCAACGAUUUUCAUGAAAUUUGGUAUACAGGGUUUAG